UGACAAGUUCUCAGGCGGAAGUGCUCCAGUGAAGUCGACUGUCGGCGCCGGCUGCAGGUCGUGACCAUGGUGGUGAAACAGUGUCAUCCGCGACUCAAGCUCUUUGUCUUGAACCGACCAGAGAAGAAGUUGUCUGAGCCUCCUGCUUUUAACCGGAACAGAGCGGGCAGGUCCUCCGCCACCGUCUCGACUGUGACGGCCGGGAACACAUCACGGAGUCUCCGGGGUUUUGCUGCGGCAGCUCGGUGCGGCUGUGAGGAGCAGCCGCGGGGAGAGAGGCGAGCUGCUGGACGGAGGAUCUCACAGGUUUCUGCCGGGGCCCACAUGUCUGUCAGAGAGUUGAGCACCUCUGUCAGAACCUUCCAGUACGAUCUGAAACCAGAAGUACCUAACUCUGAAGGCAGGAAGCUGUUUUUUGACACGCAUGCGGUGGUACGACUCUUUGAAGACAAUGGUUUCACAACUCAGCAAGCUGAGGUGAUGGUGAAAGUGCUGGUGAGGAUGACCGCCUCCAACAUGGACGUCAUCUAUUACGACAUGGUCACCAAAGUGCAGCAGGAGAUUAUGCUGCAGCGUGUGAUGUCUCAGAUUGCAUCUGUGAAGAAGGACAUGAUCAUUCUUGAGAAGAGCGAGUUCUCCACUUUGCUGGCAGAGAACGAGAAACUCAAGAUCCAAAUACUGCAGCUGAAAGUCGGACUGUCUGAUAUCAUGAAUAAAGUUCGCUCAGACACUAUUUUGGACAUGAAUUUAGAGAAAAGCCGUGUAAAGGAACUGAAAUCCCAGCACGAGAAGAUGCUUCUGGAAAUGCGAACUGAAAUCAUGGAAAUGACUGCUGAGCAAGAUCGUCAUUUGACUCAGACCAACAUGAAAAUAGACACUGAAGCAGCCGGUUUGAAAACCAUGUUGGAGUCACACAAACUGGAUACAAUAAAAUACCUUGCAGGUUCUGUGUUCACAUGUCUCACUGUAGUCCUGGGUUUCUAUCGUAUUUGGAUGUAAACUGUUAUCAGGACACAGAAACUCCAGCAUUCCUCUGGAAGCCCAGUAUUUCAUUUCAACCAGUCACCAGGCCCUGCACUGGAUAUCAGGGUGGGCCAUCAGAGGAGAACCACACAAGCAACUGUUUACCUGCAGUAAAACAUGAACUUUCAGCAUCUCCUCUGAAUCUGUCAGCAUUCAGAGACCAAUUCCUUCUCACGUCUGACCUUAUUUUGUUGCAUUUCAUUGAUCAGAAUUUUUGUUUGUGCUCCUUAAUACCUUAUUCUAUCAUCAUUUUCUGAUAUGAUAAACUGAGAAGAAGAAGCAAAGGAAGGAACAUAAUUACACCAGUUUUUUACAGACAUACAAUCUCUUAAUAAAUAGCAAAUACUUGAUGUUUUAGCUGCCUAGAGAUAUUUCAUCUGCUGUUACUUUGUUGAUUUAUAAUUUCUCAACAGUGCACAGUGAUAAAGAAGUGCCAGUCAAGUCUACCUUUAUGAAUGAUAUAUAAUAGUGUUUGCAGCUGAAGUUAAACUUUUUAAGGGGUAUGUAAAUAUUUUAUUUAUGGGCAUAAUAUGCUGUAAAAUAAGCUGUCGGUCUGGAACUCAAAAGGGAUUAAUGUAAUUUAUGCAACCACUAUAUUAUCACAUAUAUUUUACUUUAAUUGAUCAUUCUAGCUGUUUUAACUGGAUUUUUGGACUUAUGUUGUUUGAAUGAAAUUAAUAAAUAAAUAUGCACUGAGCUAACAUGA